AUGGUGGUGGAGGCAGUGCUCAGGCUCUUUAUUGCGCUGAAUUCUCAUGUCAUCCUCGUUCUUCUGUGUCGCCUCUUCCACAUUUGUGUCUUCCAAAAUUUAUCGAGCUAUAGACUUUGCACGAUGGUCUCCAAAUAUAAGGGAAUUAUCAUUCUAUGGAACCUUUUUUGGGUCAUGUCAUUUAUCCACCUUUGGCCUAUUGCACUUGCACAACGGACGAGGACAAAGCUUCUAUACGAUGCGGGCAGUCGAUACCGCAGAAACCAUGAUAGCAUUCAAACCGUUCGGGAUAACCUUGGUACACAGAGAAGACAUCUUUCUCCCGGUGAUAGGGCAAAACUGGAUAUAUUCAUGGCCUUGUACGGAAUAUUUGAUGAGACAGACCAGCAGAGUAUCGCGACGGUUCGCCCUAAAAUUGAGAGAGUCUUGUGGUAUGCGAGAGAAUUGUAUAGGGCCAUGUAUGAAGAUACAUUUAGUAUUAGUAUCUUCUGCAAUGACGACCAUUUGGUAUCAAAUGGUCUGCCGGCAUUAACCAAUACUGGGGCUCUAGCUAAGGAUGAAUACGGCAGACAGAAAUAUAUUUAUAAGAGUGCCGUGGUACCUGGCAUUCAAACAGCAGAGGCUGGGAAAUGUGAUGCAAAUCCAAAUUGGCAAGCUUUAAUGGUAACAACACGCAACCGUAUAACGGAUGUUUUUACCAUCUGCGCUAGGGCCUGGCCUCGCUGGACAGAACAUAUUGAUGAUUAUAAGGGUCUACAUGUCAGUCAAAUGUUGGGCCUUUAUCUGCAGAACAUUGAUAUAAAAACGCCGGAGUUGACUCUCAUCCAUGAGUUCACACACAGUGAAUCAUUAUUCGCACAAUGGGUGAUGGAGGACGAGGUAACAUUAGACGACCCAGCACUUGGCUAUACCGGGCAGGGAGCCUAUGGCUUCGAGAACAUCUAUCAGCUGGCUCAGGACCCGAGAACUCAGCACAAAGCACUGAAGAACUCUGAUACUUUUGCUUUCUUAAACGGCGUGUAA